AUGUCAGAAAUAGAGGGACGAAGUUUGCCUCAUAAUUCAGAUUUGUACAAAGAGAUUAAUAAUAAUACUCCAAAAGAAUUUGAUCCAGACAAGGAUAACCUUUCUACAUUAAAUUCCUUUCCAAGUUUUCCGUCGGAAAAUACUGCUUCUUUUAACCAAUCUACUAAGGAGAAUCACACUGAAAGUCUUGAGCAACUUCCUUUCACCGAAAAUAACCUUAACAUGUUGACAAAAAUCUCUCAAAGUGUUCAAAUAACAUAUAACGAAAAUUUUUCUACUAGUUCACAACAAGAAAAAGAAAUUAGUAUAGGCGAACAACAGGAAAUAGAUAAUACCACAAGUAUCCAACAAACAAAGAACGAAAUAAAUUCUAAUUCUGUUCAAAAUGUUUCCAAUUUCGAAGGAGUAGUUGAAACUCCUCUGAAUUUGUUUAAUCCAGAGCCUGUUGUACAAAAUCAGAUAGAAAUGCCUUUACCCAACUCUAAUACCGAUAUUGAUAAUUAUUCAUUGGCCCAGGCUUCUAUUGAGCCAUCAACUGAACCAUCUGUGAAAAAAGAACCGCCAUUUAAACAAGAAUCAUUCAUUGAACAACAAAUAUCUACAGAAUCGCAAUCCUCUCAUGAUCAAUCUCCCAAUAUUGGAGCUGCCGAUCUUUUUAACGUUCCAAAUGUUAAUCUAUCAUUGGAAAACAGUUUUCCGGAUGAAAAUAUUAAUCAAUCCAAAAAUGAAGGUAACUUAUUAGGUGAAUUUGGACAAAUUCCUCAAUUGUCUAAUACUCCUACUAUUGAGGGAAAUAUUUAUCAGAGUGAAUAUGAACAAAAUGUACAGUCUAAUAUUAAUCAAACUAAUAGAGAACCAAGAAGAUGGAGAAAUAAUCGUUCUCCAAUUUCACAAAUUGAUAAUGAGAAAACUGAUCAUAAAGGUUCAUUAAAUUUAAGGAAAAUAUCAGAUGCUGAGUUUCAAGCUCUGCCUUCUGGAUCACGUUUAUUUUUAGGAAAUCUAUCAACCCAUUCAACUUCAAAAAAAGAACUUUUCGAUAUAUUUUCUCCAUAUGGGGAAAUUUUGCAAAUAUCCAUUAAAAAUAGUUUUGGAUUUGUUCAAUAUGAUAAUGUUGAAAGUGUAAAAAAAGCGAUCGAAGGUGAAAAUGGAAGAAUCUUACAUGGAUUAAAAUUGGGCAAUAAGCCAUGGAAUCAUUCACCUAUCCAAGAAGAUGGAUUUAAACCUGGCUUUGCUAAUCGUCACAAAAAAAAUUGGAAUCAAAGAGGAGGACAUAAAAAUGCAUGGCAACAAAAUGAACGUGAACUUUCUUCUCCCGCUGGCAGAGGACAUGGUCAAUCUUUUUCUAAUCGUAGACAUAAUGAAUAUGAACGUCGACCAAAUGAUCCUAAAUUUGCUCGUCGUACGUCAUAUGAUUCAAGAAGUGGAUACGAUUAUCCCGAUCAUAAAGAAUUUCGAUCUCCGCAGGAAUUUCGUGGAGAUUUUAAGGAAGAUCAUGAUUAUCUACCACGUGAAGAAAGAGGAUUUAGACGUGGCUCCUAUCGAGAACCACAUCGCGAGGAACGGUUUAAAAAUCGUUCUAAGCCUUAUAAAAUCCCUCCUCGGGAUUUUAAUGAACGACGACAAAGUCGUGAAUAUCCAUAUCGCUCUCAAUCACAUGAUGAGCCCAAUGAAGAAUUUCCUUUGCCCCGACGUCAAGGGAAUGAUGUGCCAGAAUGUCAAAUUAUUGUACUUGAAGAAGUAGAACGUAACUUCUUAUGGCAAGUCGAAAAUGCCUUUAGAGAAGCGUCAAUUACCGUCCACAUCCUUCAUUUGUCUCGAAAGCUUCAUCCUCAAUCUGUUAUUCGUCAGAUGGUUAUAGAAGGAGUUCACGCCGUUGUUUUUAUCGAGAGACAUCUUGCAUUAAACGGGAGAGUGAAUAUGCAAAUAUUUGACCAAUCACGAUCUAGGGACAAUGUCAAAUACGAUGAGUAUAACAAUAUUAAAGUUGAGGAAGCAGUUGGUUUUUUGUUGCGCACUCGAAUUUCUCAACGUCCAAUAGAAAUGAGAACAGCAGAUAAUAAUUUACUCGGACAACAAAAUGUACAGCAAAUACCACCAAUUGUAGGACAACCUGUCUCAACUAAUCUUAAUCACCUUAAUCCAAUUUUGAAUAGAAUGCAUCCAAUUCCUAUGAUUCCACCAGGUAUCCAGCCUUCACAUCAACCUAGUUUAUUAUCUCAACAGCAUCCGCCAAAUAUAGAUGUUCAACAAUUGCUUCGACAACUUGCUCCUCAAAAUUCUGGGCUUCAGAAUCAAGCACCGUUUAUGUCAAUGCCACAACAGUUGCCUAAUCUUGUUUCACCACAAUCGCAAUUUAAUGCAGUAGCGAUGAUGAGUCAGCCUCCUAAUAUUCUCCCUCAAAAUGCAAUAUCCUCGAACGGAAUACCUUUAUCACAACAUCAGCCUCCACAUAUGAAUCCAAAUGUGACUCAAUUCUCAACACCAAUUUCCGCCCCAGCUAAUGUAGUCGAUUUAAUGGCUCAAUUUAAACAAUAUAGUAAUCAACAUUAA